GGUGGAUCCUUUCGCCGCGUUAGAUACGGAAAAGUUGAAGAAAACGCCCCGAGAGCCUUCCGAAGAGCCGAAGAAGUCCAUGACGUUGUUGGAGCAGAUGCAGGCGGACCGGAAAAAGAUUGAGGACGAGCGGUUGCUGAAAUUGGAAGAAACGAAGAAAAGAAUCGAGGAGGAACGAGCGCAGAUCGCGUUGGAAGAGGGUAUGGAAAGAGCGAAGAAAUUUGUGGAGGAAGAAAUGGAGAAAAUUAUGAGAUCUAAGGUUUUCGUAAGGAAAUAGUUGAUCGUCAAUUGUGGGAGUUGUCUAUAGUCGGUUUCGUAUCCGGGGCUGUGAGCAUCCGGUCACCACACUCACAUUUUGUUGAAAAGCGACUUUCACGUUCGCCCUUCGGCUUUUGCCUUCGGCAUUGUGGCAGCUCCUUUUCGCGCGUUUGGUCAGCAAACGCUGCUCCGACGCGCCUCUCGUCGUCCCGGUUUCUUCUCUUGUAUGUUUUGUCGAUUGCGAUGUCGUUGGGCGUUAGCAUGUCCGCUGCGCACACACGACAGGGCAGUCGCUGGCGACAGUGCCAGCACCUCUCGUUCAGUUGUUGGACAGAGUACCUCAUUGGUGGUAGCAGCAAGUAUGCAUGUGAAGUCGUGUCCCGAACACACUUGGCGUAAGACUACCGCAUGUAUGUGUUCUAUGGCUCUUGGCUAAGACAUGGCAUGCUACAUGUUGAUCUUGACAUCACACAUGUUCACAUGGUUAGACAUUCGUACUGCGUACCGGGAUCAUACGAUGUCUGUUACAAGAGCGAAAAAAGAUCUUUUAGAGCUCUUACAGUUUUGCCGUGCGUCAGAGACAACAGUAAUACGAAUUUGGUCGUCCAACAAGAUGGUCGUUUCUCUGUCCGCAGCGGAUCUUCCGCAGUUGCAACGCAUUAUGUCUGCUUGCUCCAACGACGUCUCGCUACACACACCUGUGUGGUGUGCGCUGGUAUACGGCAACCGCACCCUGGAGUCGGUGGCCAACAUUGUGGAAUCGCACGCCUUGCGCAUGCAAGCAGCGGGUCCGAAAGUGGUCAUCGAAGCGAAUAAUGACCCGAUGACCACAGUUGCCGCCGUGGAGGCCAUGCGCCGCACAAUUACUGAGUCUCACGACCUGACAGUGAACACUUUGAUGGUACGUUUUUUUCCUUUUGCGAUACGCAUGACUGCAUGACGCUCGACGAUACCGCAUGAUACAACCCAUCAAAUUGUCUCAGGAAUCGGUGCAGACGGUGCUGCCGGGGACGAAACCCUGCGCCAAAUUCAAGCAAAUGCUCUGGGAGAUUCCGGUGGUGAUCCCGCCGCAGUUCGCGGCCGCCAAGGCUUGGAAUCCCAAAUUCAAGGAAUGGGUCCACGGCACAGCCCCGAUCCAGCAGACUGGUUUGGUGCGCCUGCUGAUGGACCGCAACGUGGCGAAAAUGUUCGAAGACACAAAUGCUAGUGUUAGCACUACGAGUACUUCCGCAAGCUAAUUUUCCCACAGAUUCGUGUCGUUACAAGACGUAUUUGUCUUUAUGAUUUAGACGAACCAGUCUAACUUUCAGGACAAUUCUGAACACGAAUUCAACUUUUUUAAAAAUUCUGAACACGAAUUACUGGCACUACCAUCUUGACCUGUCAACGCAAUGGUGUUCGAGAUUUUCGUUUUCUUUGGUUUGAGUUUUUCGUUUCUUUUGUUUGAUCCAGAUCCUGUGUUGUAUCUCACGCCGUUGCGUAUAGAUUGCUUAAGCCGCCGUGCAAGCCACAGCGAAAUCAUGUCAAGAUGCGUAAUCUGUUACGACGACAGCGUAGUCGACGCUGACAGAGAGCUAUGGUGCACAGAAGUCGCUUGCGCGAACAAGCACUGCAUCUGCUCCACCUGCUACUCCAGCAAAGGAGGUGUCAUCCUGAUAGCCGAAUUCGGAGCCUGGGACCAGUCCACAAAGUGUGGCAAGUGCAAAGCAUGCGCCAGAUCCAAGACAGUUGCGAAUUCAGCAAAAGUGAAAGAUAGAAUCGACCAACGAGCAGGAACUGCAGCCGUUACGGAGCAAGUCAUCGCAGCUUUCCCUUGGUACGCCCAAUUCGCCGCUACGUCGGUAGAGACAAAGUCGAAGUACUACGACAUUCUGAAAAGGCCGCCGAUACGCCGCUCCCAAAAGAUUGAGAAAGAUCAAGGAAAGUACAUGAUGAAGCUGUUCGGCCAGUGCCUGGCCAACACCAACCAAGCAGCUCAGGUACUCUUUUUUGCUUUGUAGCACAGCAGACUAUGAUUGCCUUGGAAAUACAGCAUGACAAUUUCUUCAUCGUUAUCACCACAGGACUUCAUCGACAGCACGAACAUGCAAGAGAUUCCGAAGUGUUCGUGGAAGACGAUGAUUCUCCCGCCGGAGGGAUCGCUGUUGGAACUCAAGCAAUACUUGCAAACCUUGAUCGACUUGUUUCCGUCCGAGGAUUGGAUCAUUCUGGCCCGAUAUUUCUUGUGGCCCGUGACCUUCUACGAAAAAAAGUCAGCCGCCCUGACCAAAAACUCCGUGGCCAAGAAGAAUUUGUCCUUGAAUUACAAUUAUCAACUGUACAGACAAUUUCCUCUCAUGUUGCUCUCGUCCUGACUCGUGACACACAAGCAAAUAUCCAUGCAGACCACCACAUAACUCUCAUGCGAUUGUUCGCUAGGUAAUCACAAAAAUUACAAAAGCCAGGUAUUUUCUCAUCAAAGAUUUUGCGGCCGCCCUCAAAAAGAAGUAUCAGCCGGCCGAUGGCUCGCAAAUUUGCCGCCUAAAAGGCUGCCGAUUUUUUUCUAAUAUUGUGGGCCCCACAUUGUUCCGGCAUGGCGCCCCCCUUGCUUCUUUUCGUCGUGGCCCCGCGAGUCUGGGGCCCCGAGGGUUCUGGAGGUAGUCCGGGCACGGGUUUUGUCGUCGGUAGUUUUUGCAGGUUUUGGAAGCUGGGGCGCUGGGGAUUUGCGUUUUUAGCAUUGUUUGGCGAAGAUUGCCCGCCCCGGGGUCUCCAGGGCCCGGGGCGCAUCCGGCCCGGGGUUGCCAAGGUUUGCGCCCCUGCGAUGUUUGCGCCCCAGAAGGAAGGCAGCGCGAUUGUUUUCCAUUUGUCUCGGGCCGCACAUCAAUGGCCCCGGCCCGCCCGGCCGGGGUUCACGAGGGGCGCAGAAGUGGGGCGGGGGGGGGUCUAAUUUGGGCUCUAAUUUCGCGUCUAAUUUGUUUCUAAUUCCAGCAUAGGGAAUGUGGGGGGAUUUGCAAUGAAAAAAAUUAGCCGUGAUUUAGCCAGGAAAUUAGGCGCGAAGUUAGUCGCUUGCCUUAGCAUCGAUUUAGGCAAGGAAUUAGCCGGAGGCAAGAGGCGCCCCGCCCGGCCUGUUUCCGGCUAGGCGGUUGGUGUUGAUCAUUUUGCCGGGCGGCUUCCCGGCUUUUUGUGUGGGCGAAUUGCCGCCACCCCUAAUCUUGCAUCUCGCGCCUGACCCCCCCUCGGGGCCGCCUCCCUUCUGGGCCAUUUUCUCUCUGGAUGGGAAGAGCCCAGCGGCGUUCGGUAUUUGGCCGCGAAGUUCUUGGCCCCGUUCGUUUUUGUUGUCCCGCCCAACGUGAUUUCUGCCCGGUGGCCUUCGGGCUGGGUGUUGUCUUUGGCGGCAUUGCCGCCACUUUCUUUUUUUUGUUUUCCUUCGUAACAUUAGAAAAAAGAUAGCAAGUUUUAAGCCUUGGAGAAUGCCCGGGGUCGGCUGCCUGACAAGUACGUCGCGUCCGCGGUCGACGAGGCUUUUUAUAACCUCGAAUACGCCUGUGCAAUGACACAGGCGGCUUGCGAUAAUUUAUGCAAGCCCAGUAUUAUGCAGCGCAUGAUGCAGAUGGGCGGAAGCUUCAUGUCGAUGAUCGCAGGAGGCAGCGGCAGGAACGCCUUCCCCGAGCUGGGACAGAACCCCACGGGCAACAACGCGAUCCAGCAAAAGAAUCAGCAGCUGUACAACGAGAUCAACCGUAUCAUGACCGAGGCACCGCGCACCACCGCAGGAGCAUACGCUGCGAUGGAAACGGCGAAAGCCAAGAGCGAAGCGAUUUUGUCGCAGUGGAUGCAGAAAACCCAGAGCUGUGUCAACUGCCUCAUGGGCGGCAAAGGUCCAGGAAACCAUCACGUGGGGAAGAAGAUGGGCUUGAAGGCCUGCUCGGACUCGAACAACACGUGCUACAUCAAGUGCCCACGCCCGCAGUGCAACGGAGAAGCCCACUGGAACAAGAGCUGCCCGGUCGUCCUUGCGGGAAAGAACGGGGGUGGCAACCAGCAGUUCGGUGGGAACCAGCAGUUUGGUGGUAACCAAAAUUUUCAAAAAGGUCUUGGUAACAAUUUGCUCCGUCCGUUCAAUGGAAAUGGAGGUCAACCGUUUGCGAAAAGAACCAAAAACAACAAUGGUGGAAAAGGGCGCAACAUUUCUAACGUCACUACUUAUGCCAACCCCUUCAACUGACGAAGUAACCUGUUUCAAUUUCUUUAUCGAUAAAAGAAUACAUGAGUCAAGGCAGAUACAAGCGCCCCCUUUUCCAUGGCGUCAAUGUAGCUCGACGCCGACGGUGGCAUGUUCUUUGAAGUUGUGUCACGCAGGAGAGAUCAUGGCAAGAGAUUAGUGAGUCCUCACCUUUUCUUUUAUUUUCUUUCUUUCGUCUGUUGCCCGGUUCUUCCUGUUGUUGCGUCCGGAGUGCAUUUUGGCACACACAGAUCUUCCAGCAACCUCUAUGACAGCCUUAGUAGGUAGUCACUUCACGAUGAGCAAAUUAAUUGCAAGUGAUGCGAUAAAAGACGCUCUUGGCCAAGAGGUCAGGCAGCGCGAGUUACACAAAAUUGCUGAGCAAGCGGCGGUAGCAGCAUCGCUGAAAGAAUUAGCGAACGCUGAAAGGAAAUCAAGCAAAAAGCCGAUCGUCGCGCCACCACAAGCCGCAUCUAUCGCCCCUGCAUCAUCGAAGCGGAAAUCACCUGAGUACUACAUCUCUCUGAUGGACGCUGUGGAGACAGAGUUAGUGUGUGUGGAAGACUGGCACGAGGAGGCUCUAGAGGAUUUCAGCGCAAUCGUGCCGUCGUCUGGAUUCGUGACUGCCGUCUCUUCACCAGCGUUGGAGCAUAAAUUCUCGACAACGCUAUUCGGAGUUACGGGAAUACUCGAGCACAUGGAAUUACGGAAAGAGGCGUUGAAGAAACCGCUAGACGCACUAAUGUGCAUGAACGCCUGGUCUGAUGUAUCGCUGUGUAUCUCCAGUGCAUGCAAUUCUUCGCAAGGAGCAGCAGCUGGUUCUGUAACGUCGUCGAGUUCAAUGUCAUCGAGCGCAACGUCGUCAAGCGACGCCACGUCAGACUCCAUCGCCAUCAUAUCGAAACCGGGAAACAUAGUGCUCACGACUCCCACUCCGUCGAUAUCGAGUGUUUUACAUUUUUACCAGCAUGCAAAAGGAAAAGCUGCUAAGAAUUACACGCCAGUUUCUGAAGAAGGUCUCAAGAUCGAUUUUACAAUAAAGGCCGCAAUCAGCGAGAUUUUCGGUGCCUUCCCGCUUUCUGACCAAGCAGCCCAGUUAUUAGAAUCGGCGACUGCGGACCACGCCAACUCCUCUAUAACAGAGGGUACGUCGAGAAGCUAUACAUCGAUCUUGUCGAAGGUGAUCCCAGCCGUCGCUCGUGAAUUUGGUUUCAUUUUGUGGCCGAUAACCACGGAUGCCGAGGCAUCGCUUCUGUUCGUGACGUUCGCACAUGUUCACUCGGUCCACAGCGCCUACAAAAAUGAAGACUCGAAUCGAAUACGGUGGGGCGCUUUUUUACAAUUGAGCGCGGCGAUAAACGCCUUCAAUUCCUCGAGAAUCGAGUUAAGCGGCUACACCACGAAGAACAGAGGCGCUUUCUUCCAGAAGCUAUGGAAAGGGUACAUUUUAUUUGUUUCUCGUGGCUAAAAGUUUGAUGAUGUCUUCUCUCAGCAUAAAUUAUGGAACUUCGUCUCGAAUCAUCACAUAUUUCCAUAUCACAGGUUCAAAAAAGAAGCACACCAUGGAGCCCCACUGGAUGCAAAGUGGUGUCCGACGACCACCGAGAUGCUCGACGCCUACACGACAGAAUGGGAGCACUGGCAGCGACACCACAAGCACAUGGUAGACAGCGACGGAGAUUUCCAGAAGAAAGUCUUGAGAAACAUGUCGUGCAACGAUAUAGAUCUAGUUUUACGACUUCAAAAAUUAGCAAUAGUUGUCAUAGCUUUCUUCUGUGUUAGGAGGAACGACGAGGUCAGACUGUUGCGGUUGCGUGAUGUAACAAUCACCGCGUCACCAGGGUCGGGACCGCAGUACGCAAUUUUCGUUUCUCAAGCAAAGAGUGACCAGCUCUCAUUCGGCUCAGAAGCCUGGGUGCCAACGCAUUUCACAAGAAUGAUAGCCGAUUACCAGCGAUUUGCCCGCGCCUUCUUUGACAUAGUACUAGGACGAAAAAUGGCCCCCGACGAUGCCUUUUUCUUCGUGAUAGGGAAUGCAAACAUUAAAACCAGGGGUGCAUUCAAAUCUAGCAAAGAUGGUAUUAGGAAAGACAUCAAAGCCUUUUUUAGCUACGCCUUGUCAGGAACGGUUCCUGAAAAACCAAUUUCGCUGCGCAAAGGAGGGGCAAAGCAUUAUAUUGAACAUGAUGUCUCACGACGUUUAGCUUAUUAUCAAGGCGGAUGGAGGAACAGCUACUGUCUCGAUGUGCACUACGCACCUAUCUCGAGUAUGGAACUAAGACAGAUGGUAAACAGACACUCGUCCAAAAGCUUAGAAACCUAUGCGAAUAUCGCAAGCCUGAGGGCACUUGACCGCGCUCACACGAUAUACCUACACGAUGACGACGCGAUCAAAUUUUCGCGCGAGGUCGAGAAGGUGGCAUGGGACAGAACUUCUUUAGAAUCCUUCCAGGAGGAAUGCCCUAGGCUUUUCUCUCACGCCACGUGCAGCUCUUGCGAUGCGGCAGUAUACGGAAAAAUUUUAGAUUUUUUGUCAAAAUGUGACGAAGAUUCAUAAUUAAAAAUCUCACACCAAGCAUGUAAACUUCAGCCACGCAGGCUUCUUGCACGACGUGAUAUGUUGUCCUUGUUUACAGCUACUGACACAGAGCGUCAGCAGUUCAGAGCGCAGGCGCGACGCAGAGAGAAAUAUAUGCGGUAGCACACGGUGCAAAUCAGAUCCAAAAUUUCAUCACCACAAACAAUCAUUAGCCUAGUACUAGCAGCUCAGCCUCAGUUUACAGCAGAAAUAAUGGAACGACCGCUAGGGCAUUUGUCGGGAUGGCGCUUCUGGUGCUUUGUGACCAAGGUGACCAUCCAGAAAUGCUGGUUGCUAUUAAAGCGUCUCAGCACCGUACCGCAACUAAUGGCGCGCGCAGUCUAUGAUGACGAUAGAAUGCUCGUGGACCAUUUCUUCCGCAAUUUCCGGUCCGCACAGCACUGGACCUUCCUGGCCAAGUUCUAUACGACAACCAUACUGCGCGUGAUGGUACUUCUAGUUUUGAUUCCAUAAUUUAUAUGCAUCUUUAGGCACAGCGAAAGCCUUUCAUUACCGGACUCUCAUGAUCAAAAAUUCACAAGGUUCCGUAUAUUCUGAUCGAAAUCGGCAUCAUCAACGGGCAAUCGCUGAUGUACGCAUGCAUUUCUUACGCAGUAGUCCAGCGGGCGGAAUCUUGUCGGUAUUUGUUGUCAUUUCCAAAAUUUCAGGGACAAUUAAUAGAAAUCCACAUAUCCUUCUAGUACCGAACGCAAUAAAAUGGACCUAGGAAAUCUCGGUUAUUACGAGAAACUGCCGUUGCUUCGGCAGGCAAAGUCGAUGCGGUCCAUGAUUGAUGAUUUGAGUACGAAGGAGCAGAAAAAUUCCACCUUUUCGCAAGUUGUCACUUCUUAUCGCUGGUGCAUGCGCAAAACCCUCCCCAAAAAUUGCGAUGCCAACGAGUUACGCAGCACCUGCAAUGUGCUGUUAGACACGCUGGAGGCAAUUUGUGCCAAACAAAAAUGUCAAGCAAAAUUAGCGGAGGGGAUGGCGUCUGCGAUUGAUUCGCUGUAUAGCCACUUGUCGGAAAUCUGGAAUUAUCCGGCCCAGGACGAGGUGAUGAUGGGACGCAAGUGGGCGUCUGUGCUCCUCGCGCGCCAGUUCGCCCACACCGCAGUGCAGAUCUAUCGCACCUACCACAAGCAGUCCUCAGCCGACAUCGCGAAUUUCUACAACAACGAGAAAAAGAAGUACAAAGAAGCCCGCCUGAAGCAGUUCAACUUGCGAAAAGAAGGAAAAGCUCUGCAUGAUGAGAAGAAGGAGGAAUUCAAGAAGGAAGAUUUGCAGAAGCCGAUUGUUAUGGACUCGUCCGAGGACGAUAGCUCAUACCCGUCUUCGGAUUCUGACUAAACAACUUUAAAAAAAUUUCUUCUUCAGUUGUCUUGGACGGAUCGUCGGGUCGCAGAUCGCAGUACGCAACUUCGUCCAGACUAACGGACGACUAAUCGCACGCGCCUUGGCUCGAUACCUGGAACUGAACCCGGAGCCGUAUAAUGUUACCUUUCUUUCCUUUUCGCGCAAUGGCACAUGUUUUUUGUUUGCAUCAUGAUGAUACUGGCAUGACAAAAAUACUUUAUACCACUCGACCAGGUUAGAUGACGACUUGCCACCGAGCAGACACACAUCCUCAUCGGAAGACGAGCGAGUGGUUUCAUCAUCGGAUGAUGAUUCUGAUGCAGAGGUCGUGAACCCGCAAGAAGCCCUUGAUGUAGUCCACCAGCACUUAGACUGAUGUGUGCCAAUCUCAUCGUGGAUUUCAAAAAUUUUUUUUUCAUCUUGUAGAAACACUUGAUUCAACAAGAACGGAAAAUAGAUAGACAAAAACACAGACGACAGAGGACCACGACAGCACGAUUGUUCUUCUUUCGUUUUGAUCACAAUCUGUGCAAGGGCACCGGUUCUUUCAGUACUUUGUUGCGUCUUUUCCAAUAGUCAGUGUCAUUUUGAUUUCGUCGCCCGAUCCCGCUAACGUCGAUUCCAAUAAGCUUCUCACACAGUUUCACAGAUGUCGUAUACACAUGUUUGGUUUGUGAGUGGGCGCAGGUGGCCUCACGAGCGAAUAUGUUAUUUUCAGAAACUGGAGAGAAUUGAGCGUAAUUUCAUGCGCAAACUGAGGGGAUGCUCAGAUGAGAUUUUAUGUGAAAUACAAUCAAACUGGCUACAAAAAAAUGCGAACCUCCUCUCCACGUCCUCCGCGGACGCACAUGAAGGCCUAGCGGCAGCAUGCGCAGACGCAAAAUGUCAUUUAUCUAGGUUUCGGAUUUUUGAUCUGAUCGAAAAUGAACGAAAAAUGAGAUAAAAAGAUGCGUUCGUCACCUCUCGUUAUGUUUUGCGGGGUGCAAAUAGGCCGCUCAGCGGCAUCGCUGCGCGCACAAGAUGCUCAGGACAGGAGAGCGACAAAAAGACACAAAUCGCAGCACGCCUCCUUCUGCGGAGCCCAAAUAGGAAAGCCACCAAAAGUAGCGGAGCCGGCACAAGAAAUUCAUCACUGGAUAGCACAAGAAAAUGCGGCAUCCAACAUGAAAGAUAAGCCGAGGCCAUGCAAGAAGGAUCUGCAGAAAGAAUAUGACGCGUGCUGGGACGACCCCUCGCUGAUCUUUCCGCAGGAAGCAGUGGUGACAUGGGACAGCUACUUACCGCAGCCGGGAAAAGCGCCACGAAGCCACCAGUGCGACAUCGACACCGUAGACCUGUCACGCCUGUUUACAUGCGGGAAUGAGUUCGGCGACCCGUUUAAUUUCACGCCGUGCUCCCCCUUCAAAAAUGAAGACUACGAGAAGGCGGGUGCACCUCUGACACGAGCAGCAGUUAGAAAACUGCUGCAAGACCAAGAGGGCCCGAACGACAGGUGGCGCAAAGCAGAGGACGAUCAGGCUUUCGCGGGUCUAACGAUAAAUCCAGAAGAAUGCGUACGGUUUGGACUACAGCCAGAAGUUUUGCUGAAAGCCUGCACGGGGAUAAAGUUCCAACAGAUCGCAGAGCACCUGGACCCGAUAGUAUGCGAGAAUUACCCGGCGGCCAAGCAGAGCCCGGAGGUCUACAAUAACGAGUUCAAGCGCUUCUUCGAGUGCAAAAAGAUCAUCCUGUACGAUGUGAAAUCAGAAAAGAACGACAAAGGCGAAGAUGUGGAAGUGUGCGACUACCCCAGCGACUUGACGUGCGUGCCAGGAAAUCUGCUGUUCCAACGCGACGACAAGAUUAGGGUAAUCAGUGACUACAGCAGCGAGUGGGCCCUGAUAAACCAGUCCAUUUUUUCCACCGAGGUAAACUACAAGACCUACUGGGAUACGUUUCUGCUGCUGAAGCCGAACUCAGUCGGGAGUGGUAUCGACUUCAUGGACUCCUUCGGCCACUGGUUGGUGCACGCACGUUUUCGCCGCAUGCUUGGAAUAAAUCUCGAAGGGACAGUACAAAAAGGAGGACAUUUGUACUGUCCUUUUGGCAUCGGUAUCUCGUGAAAACAUUUUUUAACGGAUCAGCGAAAAUUCUCACAGGCUCCACUAUAAACCUAGCCAGAUGCAUGUGGUUUUUUGUCGUGCAUCAAUCCGAAAAAACUGUUUUCACACGCAUACCGAGACCAGCACCGGGUGAGAACGAUUUCUUCGUGAAAGCUUUUCUCGCUGCAGCGAAGAGAAACGGAGUAUCGUCGCCAGCACUCGACUACGUAGACGACGUGAGAUUUAUAACCAGCCCGGUCGACGGCAAACCACACUUCGAUAAAGCCAAGUUCGACCUAGACCGAGCAGUGUACAUCCUAACCCGCAUGGGCAUCAAGAUUCACCACAAGGAAUCAAAGCUAAUACAGCCGUCAACAAUUUUCCCCUGGCUGGGAAACGUUUUCAACACCGACCCGAGGUCGUACAACAUCAUGCUCGAGCCUAAAAGACGCAAAGAAUACCUGCAAGCAGUGCGAGACUUCAAGCAGGCAGGCAGAAACAAAGAAGCGAAAGCCCGAGACGUAGCCAGCAUCAAAGGAAAAUUAGGUUCCUGCGCGCUUAUCCACCCACGCGGGCCAUUGGACGAGCUGAACAAGUUGCUGGUAGCUUCAACAGCACCGAAGCAGUGGGCGAAGCUGAACAGGCAGUUCAACCCGCCAGUCGAAAUCUCGGACGCCGCUUUCGAAGACUUGGAUUUGUGGGAAGACCUGCUGUCGACCGACCACACAAGACAAAUGUUCUUCAACGGCGAGCAGACUUUUAUUUGGUCUCACGAAGUCUUGGCCUUCGGAAAAGCCUUUUUCGCGUCUUUGGGACCAGAGCUGUUUAUCGGUGUCUACAUGGACGCUGCAAAAGGCGACAUCGAGAACUGCGAAGACCGAAGAAACAGAGGCUGGGGCGGCACCGUAGCGGAGCACUAUUUCCAUGGACUCUUCGACGAAAAAGUGCCAGGUAGUUUUGAUUUGUUUUUUCUGGUUUUCACAUAUACUUGUUGAUGUUACAUCAAAUCUACAAGAAUAAAAUUCCUUCUAUUUCCCACCAUCAGAUACUGCCAGCAUCAACGAGUUAGAGGCCUUGGCAGUUCAGCACGUGCUAGACGCAGCCAGGGAGAAGUUAGGAGACGCAUAUUUUCACCAGAAAAUAAUCCUGAUCAAGACCGACAAUCCAACGGCAAAAAGAACCACGAACAAGGGCUCCGCGGCAACGCCGAUUCUCAAGAACGUGACGAAAAGCUUGACAUCCUUCGCAUCCAGCACAGGCACAGAAAUAGUCGCGGCCAAGAUCGCGGGCGAAGUGAACAUAAUCGCCGACGCACUGUCACGCCACGAAGAGCAUUUAUUUGCGUUUAAAGAUCCCUUUCCGGAUAAAACUUUGUGUAAGCGCUCGUGGAGCAUUGUGAUGCGCGAGAUACCGGGUCUGAAUGUCGACUGUUUUGCAGAUCACCACAACUGGCGUUUCCCGGAAUACUACACGGCACACAAUCAUCCGCUCGAUAUCUUCGACUUGUUUUAUAACAAGCGUUCCUGGUGGUUCCCACCAAUACACCUCGCAAUAGUAACAGCUCGCUUCCUCGCCAACUUCCAAAAAAUUCCAGUAGCUCAAAGACCACGUUUUGCACUGAUGCUGCCGAUGAUCAACCCCAUGUUCUACGACCUGGCGUCCAACUUCGUACAGUUCUGCACGUACAAGAAGGGUUCCAAGGUAUUUUGCACAGCGCAGUGCCCACUCGUAUACGGAGCACACGAAGAUUGGACGUUGUUGUUGUCUGUGCAUCUACACGACUGGGGUAGAGACAGAGAAAAAACAGAAAUAGGCGCACAAGUUACAAAAAUUUUACGCAAACCUUACUUUCGUCAAUUUCCCGAGCUCGCUAGGAGCAAGUUAAGAAUUAUGGAUAUUUGUUAUGCGCGCGAGAGGUUUAUAGUCCACAUCACAUGCUGCGUCCCGUGCAAACCCAGCGGUUUGGCGGCACAGUUGUUUGCAAAAUAUCCGAAGGCAAACCGCUAUGGAGAGCCGUUUUCUGCGAAACCACUAGGAGGAUAUGAAGUGAUAGGAAAAAUUGUCAAUAUUUACGCUAUGGUCUGGCCAGGAAAACCCGUUCUCAACAGAGUCCCACGACCAUCAGAUGUAGUACCGGUAGAAGCAUUUACAGCAGAUGACUCAGCAGAAGCUCGCCUUUUUCGUUUCAAAAACGCGUUGUACGACUUUAUUUUGUCAAUCAUAGACGAGACAGAAUCAGUAGCAAUCCCGCUCAGAAUUGGACAAGGCUCAUGCGCAGGCGGACAAAAAGAAUACUGCGCAGUGAUCGCCAAAGCCAUCGACAUCGCAUUUCGAAACAAUGUUGACGUCAGUAUUUAUGAGAAGCCGUACGCUCUAUAAUAUCAAACACACACAUCUUACCUUGGGAUACUCUGGAAUUAGCGCCCAGACUACAUGUUUGUAGCAUGUGCUCUGUUCUAGUCCUAUCUGGAAAACACAGAUCACUUCAAGAUCAAGACCUCGUGGGUCUCUCGGUCUAGAUCGCGUGUGUGUGUGUCGGGUACUGAGCUUGUACGGUCGCUCAGCAAAAUAAUUACGAAACCUUUUCUCUACGACAACAAUCGACAAGGCUAUUCUGGAAAAACUCGAAGCGGU